AUGGACUUGGAUGAGAAGGUAUUUGUGUUCCCAAAGCCUUCCUCAAAUUCGUACGUCCAGUUGAAGCCCCACCUGCCGGAGCCACUACGGCAAUUCACCGUGUGCCUCAGUUUCUACACCGAUUUGCCCCGUGAAUUUGCCCUCUUAUCCUGUGCUUCUAGGAAUAGAGACAAUGAAAUCCUCCUCUUAAAGCACAGCCCCACAGUGUACAACAUUUAUGUGGGUGGGAAUAAUCACUCUUAUAUUGUGACCGGGAACACAGAUCGAGGCUACCACUGGGAGAAUGUCUGUGUGGCGUGGAGUUUGACUACCGGGAUUGUUCAGCUUUUCCUCGACGGGAUGGCGCUCCCAAGAAAAGGCCUAUCAAAAGACUACGCGAUUACAACCGAUUUAGUGAUGAUGUUAGGCCAAGACCAAGAUUCGUAUGGAGGUUCACUUGCCAAACCGCAGUCCUUCGUGGGGGAAAUAACAGACGUCUACAUGUGGGAUUCUGUCUUGCCUCCACAAGAACUGAGGAGGAUCUGGAGAAAGACCGUGCCUGCCCCAGUGUUGAACUGGACAGCUCUGAACUUUGAGAUCAAAGGCUAUGUGGUCUUGGAGCCCAGCUUGGACUGA